AGUGCACUUAGCCCAUUGGUUAUUUUUGAGGCCGAGAGGUUAGAUGAAAUCUAUUUUUUAUCUAUCGUAUCUUGUGCAGUUAGAAAAUAUAUAUCAUAAUUAGGUACCUAAUUUUCUUAUAUCAAUAAGCACAAUGUAUUCCAUGAAAAACAUCAUUACUCAUGACGGAGAUAUAGUUUUACCAAAGUGCAUGUAUCACAUGAAAAAUCUAUACAAUUUCGACACGACGGCGGAAUCGACCGAAGAAGAGAUCGAUAUCAAUGUUAGAACCCAGGUUAUGAAGUUACUAAAGAUGCCGAGCAAGAAAAUGGCUGACUUGGAAGUAAGACAGGAUCAACUCUUAAAGAAGCUUGACAUCCUUUAUGAUAGGAUUAAAACAAUAAGUUCAUUCUGCAAUGUGGAUCCCACAAAACUUUGCAGAUCAAGCAACAAGAAGCCUGCACUUAUUGAAAUACCAGAGGAAAUAGUUUUGGUAUACAGCCCUGACUGUUUACCCUGGUUUUUGAAAAAGAUAGUGAAGGAAUCCUCUCAGCCAGUUAAUGUGUCAUGGCAUAUUCAUUCUUCUGUCCCAACUGAAAAGGUGCCAAAGAUACAGGCUUUUGUGAAAAGCUUUCCAAAACAAGGACAUGCAUCUAAAGUUACAAUCAGGCUGAUAUUCAAAAAUGUUUCAGCUGAUCCUGAAUUGAAGUGGUCAUCUUUGGAUCUGCCCAUCAUUGGAAAUGUAAACAUUUUAAGAUAUGUUUCUUUGGUAUAUUCAUCUGUUAUACCAUAUGACUCUGAUGACUAUAAUGUGGACAGCCUCCUAGAUAUCUGUCACUUGUUAGAGAGAACACCAGAAAAGAGCAAGGAAACAUUGAUGAAGAAACUAUUCUCCCAAUCCAAGAAUUGGAUAUAUAACAAUGAAUUCUCAAUUGUUGAUGCUGCUGCUUAUAAUGUUAUUAAGCAAUGGCAAAAUAGUACUAAAUAUGCUCCUAAAGAUUGGUUGGCAAAAUGUGACAAACUAUUUUAAUGUUUUAUAUUAAAACAUUCAUACUUA